AUGGAUAAUUCUGGCAUUCUCACAAUAAGUAGUGCUGGUGAACUUAUUAUAACAAGCAACAGAUCAGAUCCUAUCGAGCUGUAUGCAGGCAGAAAUGGCACAAAUAUAGCAGCCACGCUGUUGAAUUUGGGGAAUUUUGUACUGAGAGAGAUGAAUAUAAAUGGUUCCGAGGACAGGAUUCUGCGGGAAAGCUUUGAUUAUCCAACUGAUACCCUUAUUCCAGGGAUGAAAUUAGGUUUUAAUAACUUGAAAGACUAUACUAAUCAGAACUGGAGAUUGAAUGUCAAGGAAUUUGAGAAUAUAGUCCCUAAACCCGAUGUUGAAAAUCUCAAUUACAAUUUUACCAAUGUUUCAAAUGGUGUGGAGGAUUACUUCAGCUACUUCCUUAUAAUAGACCCCAAGUGGACACCUGAACGUCGAAAAACUAUUUCUGGAUGGCAGAUGACAUAUGUUAAGAAUUUGGGUGUGGCCCGAAUUCUUUGUUUGAAGUAUUGA